UUCACCUCACAAGAGCAGCCAAUAUGCUUUGCCCCAAUGGAUUAAACUAUUUUCACUUCUCUCUCUCCCUCCCUGGGCGCCCUUUUUGCAUCCAGGAAUAUGUCUGUGGGGGUUGCUCAGCUAGAUCGCUCUGACCUCAGGUCAUACACCCUUAAGAACACACAGGGGGGGAACACUGGUGAUAUGUGCUAAGGUGAAAGGGUACUUUGGACAAAGAGCAUGGCCUCAGAAAACAUUUUUAUUGGAAUAGGGAAUAAUACAUAUAUAAUGAUUGCAUGUUAGUGAUUUAAACAACAAUGUGGUCUAUAGAAUAAAAAAGCAGCUUAAAAAGUAUCUAGCAUAUAACUUAAAUAUCAUCUCUGUAUUCAUUCAAUGCUUAUUAAAUAUAAUCAAGCAUAAGACUGCACAGUAUUAUCUACCUUAUAUGAUAAAUUAGUUCAUUCUCACCUCUGAAUAAACAUACUAUUUUUCUGUCUGCCCUCUUAUGCGUCAACUAUUAGUCAAUUUCACAGUACAGACCAUGUCCCAUUUUUUCAAUAGCCAUUCUGAGAUAGAUGGAGGAGGCAACAUUUCCUCAUUUAUAGCUAUUUUGGCUGUUGUGAAUAAAAUGACCACCUUUUCAAUAGCAUCCUGCAUUACCAGAUAUUUCAAAUAGCAGAACAGUACUUCUGGAUCCAAAGAUAAAUCAUGACCGAUCAUUUAUUCAAUAUUCUCUACAAUCAGUAGCCAGUCGGAAACAAUUUUAGGACAGCUUCAGAAAAUAGGAGCCAGACUUGCUCCAGAAUUGCCACAUCUUCGGUAAAUGUUAUUAAUUGUUGCAUAUAUAUAUGGCCGCAUCCGGAUGGUAUAAGAUACUGUCCGUGUUUAGGGAGGAGGAAUUCUCCAGUUAACCUUCCCACCCUCUCACACUAAAUUACAGGCACGGGCAUUGCCUCAGAGUUGGGGAGGAGGGAAGUAUAUUCACUCCACUCCUUCACCUAUCAGUAGGAGCAAAGCUCUGUGUUCCUCUCCGGGAGUCCACCAGACCAACAAACCCCAUCCCUACUUAUCAUCUCAUUUUCGGCAGCCCUUGCCUUAAAUAAAGCCCUACAUUUAGGACACUCCUCCCUGCUUCCAGCUUGCUCCUUCUCCCCUGGCCAGGCAAGUGGAUUGACCACCCAAUCCCUGGCCUCCCAAGGAGCCUUUCCCUCCAACUCUACCCCCCCCCCCCCGCUCACUAGCAUUUCCACACAGGGCUGCAGCUGUGGGGCAGACUUCAUCAUUAUUCCAUCUCCACCACUCUGCUGCUUCUUUGGCUGCACCCACCCCACCCGCUCCCAGUAGCUGUUGCCCGCCUCUCCAAGCCCUUGCUGACUUCUGCAAGGGAAUUGCUGGGCUCCCAGGAACUGGAGCCCUCAGCCUCUCUCAGCACACCACCGUUUGACCAGGUAAACAACCCUGCCUCAUGGAGGAGGGUAGGGAAGCCCGACAGAUACCAUCUAAACACAAUUUUGUGGAAACUCUAAGAUUUGUACAAUAUGUAAGAUGUGUAAUGUUUGUUUAGAUCCAAUUCCAAAUCACCUCAGAGACUGACUUCCCAAGAUUUCUUUCCAUUUACUGUAUUUUAGGUUUUAUAUCUAUGAUGUCUCUGUAUAUGCUUUUUACUGGCCUCAGAACACAUAGAGAAAGAACAAAUUGCUAACAUUUGUCUUCUCAGAACACUUGCAAGUAUCCUGCCUCAGGACUCCCCACACAAACAUCCAGGAACUCAGGAUGUAAGGCCAAUACAAAUCUCACAGGGUUGGAGUACUGUGCCUCAAGGCUACUUGAAUGGGCAGCAGAUCUCAUUAGGCCAUGAUCACAGUGGCAUGGGUGCCUUUGCAGAUGUGCCGGAGAUGACAAGGGCAGCAUAGGACAGAAACAGUCCUUAUUUGUAUGACAUCCCCUAAACAUUAGAGUCAUUUGUUAUUAUUUCUCAAUCUCAUUAGUGACUGUGCACCAGGGGUAAAGUUCCCCCCACCAGUCAGCAAGAAUGCUCAAAAAUAAGCAGUACUUCUGCUGUGUCAGGAACACCACCUAUUUCUUCCUAGAGGAGGAUUCUACUGUAGUAGUAAUGCCUAGAGUUUGCUUUUCUACUUGCUGUAAACUGCAUAUCUGCUCCAAUGUGCCCCUUAGGCAGUGCCUUCUGGGUCUGCUGCUGCAGAUGUGGUGCCCUCUGCCCCCAAGUUCUCUGGCAUUGUUUGUAUUGUCUCACCUGCAAGUGCCUUUUUUCAGAGGAUAUAUUUCCUCCAUUCUAGGGGGCAUCACACUUGGCACCCACCUUCCCAGUGGGCUGCUCAUAUGAGCAUUGGCUGCCUUUGCCUGUCUUUUUUUACUAUACUCACAUUUCUUGCCUUUCUGUGUGUGCCUGUAAAAAAGGCUGCUCUUUCCUCAAGCAGGGAUUGUACCUUUAGGGGGAGAAUACACAUUCCCCGAGGAGACAUUAGGCAGCUGACUGUCAUGUCACUUAUCACAUCCCUUCCCCUCUCUCUAUGUGCCUGUCUUUUCCCCUGGCAGAAGGGUUAUUGUGCUGCUUGGGUCUUUCACAUCUUGCCUGUGUUGAUGGGAUGCUUCCCACCUAACAUGAUGAGUUUCAGCAUUUGGUAUAUUUAUGAUGGCAUUGUGAAUGUUUCCUGUCACUGAAUUUGUGCCUUGUCUGUAAUGAGGGUGUUGAAUUAAUUAAGCAAAGUAAGUGAGGUGUUCUCACCAUUUAUGGACAUCAUCAGGAGCAGAGUUGUGAGUAGCAGGUCUUUGGGAAUGUCUAUUGCUGCUUUGCUGGAUUUCGUUUUCACUACUAUUGUGUGUCUUAUCUUAUGUAGCUGCUAGAAGAACAUAGAAACCCAAUUAGUUAUGAUAGUAUAAACUCUGGUAUAGCAGUGGACAUUUUAGGUUGGACCAUAGCAUUGCCCUGCCCAUUUCUUCUCCAAAUUAUGUUUGCAUUGCAUACAUAUAUAAUUUUCAUGAAUACAUAAGCACAUAUAAAGGCUAGGGAUGUGCACAAAACUGGUUCACCGGUUCAGUUUAAAUUCGAACCGGGUUUAAACUGGGAGGGGUGGUUAAGUUUUGGUUUUGCUCGAACCGCCCCCCCCCCAGCAGUUUAGUUCAAAUUCGAACCUUUUUGAAUCAGUUUGAACUGGUUCGAGCCUCAAAAAGUAGGUUGAGUGAUAGGCACCCUUGGGUGCCAACUACUACCCAAACCCUAAAUCAGUUGGACAUUCCUACAAUUUUAAAUGACUUUUAAAAAUAUUUGUCAUUAUUGCCCAUAAUUCCCUAUGUGGAGUACUUAGGGGCAAAAAAAACCCUGCCCACCACACACCAAUUCCCAAGGCAAUUGGGUGCUCCUAGUAUUAAUGGUGAUUUUUUUUUUUAAAAAAAAUUCCCAUAGGAUAUAAUGUAGAUUUGGGGCAGCCCCAACCCGUACUCUGGGGAGUGGCAGGACACAGGAGAAGAAGACAAGAAGACAAAGAGGACACACAGGGCAGGGCAGAGAGAAGGCAAGAAAGGGGGAAGAGGGGGAAAAGAAAAGAGCAGCACAGUCUGAAGGACUCACACCAGCAGUUAGCUCAGAGCUCAGAGUAUACGGUCCAGAUCCAACAACUGCAGCCAAAGAGAAUUUUCCAGGCCAGAGGCUUGGCUUAAAUAGGUUUGAAACUCCCUCCUUUGGAAGCCCCCACCUUUGCACUCCCCCCUUGGCCAACAGGGUGCCAGCUCUCAAACAGUGGCACAGUCAGCAGCCUACCAGAGCACAAGACUCAUUCUGGCCAAUCACAGGAUCAAUAGUCCAGCCAAUGCAAAGUCUGCAAAUUGAGCGCAACAAGGCUCACAAAAUGGAGGACAGAAGGGAGCAAAACAAUGACACACAAAAUGGAGGACAGACACAGCAGAGAAACAAACAGGCCCUAGGGAGUCCAUGGCACCUUUGAACUGGUCCGAAUUCAGUUCGAACUUGGACCAGAAGGGCAAAACCAGAACCCUGUCUGGUCCGAGUUGGAACCUUCAAACUGAGCCGGUUUGAACUCGAACCGGACUGCACAUCCCUAAUAAAGGCUCUACACUCAAUCUGUGUGUAAAGCCAAAAGUGGGUUUGCGGGGAGAGUAGACUUGACCCAUUCUCCCCGUCGAUGAGCAAGAAGUCCUCUCUGGGUAGUUGGAUCAGCUGCCCAGAUGAUUACCAGCUUCGUCACCUUUUCCCUUUUAAACAAACUAACAGGAAGAGGGGAGAUUUUCAGGGGCUUUUUCUCUUUAAGGGGUAGGUCUUAGUGUGUGUGUGUGUGUGUGUGUGUGUGUGUGUGUGUGUGUGAGAGAGAGAGAGAGAGAGAGAGAGAGAGAGAGAGAGAGAGAGAGAGAGAGAGAUUUGCUAGGGUUAGCAUUUCCCAGGGCUAGGAUUUGUUAGGGCUCCAGCGUUUUACUUUGUUGUCCCUUCCUGGAGGGGGUGGAGUUAGCUAAGGCUGGGAGAGGCCCCACAUUCCCUUGACUCACAUCCUGUGUCUCAGUUGGAAGGCUACUCUACAUAAGAGGUGAAGGCCCGAGAGCAUAGUGAACAGGGAUAGCAAACAGGACGUAAGAGUUUUGCAGGAGUUUAGUGGGAAGUGUGUGGGGGAACCUGGAACAAACCCCUGGGAUCACAAGGAGCCUGGUGGAGAAGAGAACGUAAGUACAAAUCCCUCCCUCGUAUCCCUCAUAUUCUUGGGAAAGGCUGUUUGGACAGAUAAAUAGCUGACCUACAGCUGAGACCUGUCCUAAUAAACUAUCUAAUAAACAGAUAAUAAACUACUUCUAAUAAACUAUUUCUAAAUACUGUAAACAGCCAACAAAAACAGUAUGAGGACAGAAAGUCAGUAGGGGAAGGGGCACUUCCCAGUGUAUUGCACAGAGUGCCACGUGUAUGACUAUUUGCCCCAUGGGCAGAAGUCAUGGGUGUGUGCUCGGUGCAAGGAGCUCCUGGCCCUCAGGGGACAAAUUCGUUCUCUUGAGACCAAGGUGGCAGAUGUGGAUAAGCUCAGAGAGACAGAGAGGCAUGUGGUCGAGACCUUCAGGGAAGUGAUAGAGGCACCCCACUCCAGGGCUGGUAGCUCCUCUGCUGUCAGGGAGAAUGAAGGUCUGGGGCAAGGAGGACAUCAGUCUGAAGAAGAAGAAAAUGCUCCUUUAGAAGGGACCCCUUCCAUGGAUGAUGAGCCCAUAUCCUCUCACACGGGGGAUACUCCUCUGGGCGGGGGCCUCCUUGUAGUGGGUGAUUUGAUCAUUAGAGGUAUAGAGAGAUGGGUUUGUGACCCGCGUGUUGCCCACACGGUGACUUGCCUGCCUGGUGUGAAGGUUGCAGACAUCACACAGCGUCUAGACAGGCUCCUAGGCAGUGCUGGGGAGGAGAGAGCUGUCGUGGUGCACGUUGGCACCAACGAAGUGGGGAAAUGUAGUUGGGAGGUCCUGGAAGCCCAAUUUAGGCUGAUAGGUAGCAUUUUGAAGUCCAGGACCCCCAAGGUAGCAUUCUCAGAAAUGCUACCUGUUCCACACACAGGUACAGUUAGACAGGCAGAGCUGAAGGGUUUCAAUGUGUGGAUGAGACGUUGGUGCCGGGAGGAGGAGUUUAGAUUUGUUAGGCACUGGGAUACAUUUUGGGGCAAGCAAGGCCUGUACAAAAGGGACGGGCUGCACUUGAACCAAGAUGAAACCAGACUGCUGGCGCUUAAAAUCAAAAAGGUUGCAGAGCAGCUUUUAAAAUGAUGUCUGGGGAACUGCCGAUGGGAGCUGGGCAGUAUCCUGUUUGGCAAAAGCCAUCCCUUAAAGUGUGCAGGUGCAAAGGAUUCAGAUAAAAGAGAAGGGGACAGAGCAGAACCUCAUAAAGAGCAGAUGGGAGCCUGUGCCAGCAGGUCAAAGAGUCAAAAUAAUAGCACACAUCAGGCAAGAGAUUCAGCGUAUAGGUGCUUAUAUGCCAAUGCCAUAAGCCUCCGAGCCAAGAUGGGUGAGCUGGAGUGCUUGGUUGCUAACACAGAAAUAGAUAUAGUGGGCAUAACAGAAACAUGGUGGAACAGUGAGAACCAGUGGGACACUGUUAUCCCUGGGUAUAAACUCUAUAGAAAGGAUAGGGAGGGGCGCCUUGGAGGAGGGGUAGCACUGUAUGUUAAAGAAGGGAUAGAAUCUAACAAGCUAGAAAACCUAGGUGGACUGGAGUCCUCCACAUAAACCCUGUGGGUGACAAUACAAGGCCUGAAAGGGAACAUGCUACUGGGGACGUGCUAUUGUCCUCCGAAUCAAAACACCAACAGUGACAGAGUUGCAGGAGGAAUCAAGGAGGCGUGAAGGAGAGGCAGGGCUGUAAUAAUGCGUGACUUCAAUUACCCACACAUAGACUGGGUAAAUUAACAGUCAGGUCAGGACAAAGAGGUCAAAUGUCUAGAUACACUAAAUGACUGUGGCCUAGAUCAGUUGGUCUUGCAACCAACCAGAGAGAAGGCUACCUUGGACCUAAUUCUGAGUGGCACCCAGGACCUGGUGCGUGAUGUCAGUGUCAUCGACCCUUUAGGGAACAGUGACCAUAGUGCCAUCAAAUUCAGCAUACAUGCGGGGAGAGAAUCACCAAGGAUGUCUAACAUGGAUGUUUUGAAUUUCAGAAGAGGAAACUUCUCCAAAAUGAAGAGUAUGGUGAAAAGAAAGCUGAAAGGGAAAAUUCAGGAGAGUCACUUCGCUCCAGAGUGCAUGGAGUUUACUCAAAACCACAAUACUAGAAGCCCAGUUAGAUUGUACACCCAAAAGGAGGAAAGGUACCACUAAGUCCAGGAGGAUGCCAGCAUGGCUAACGGGUACCGUCAAGGAAGCCAUAAAAGGGAAGAAGACUUCCUUCCAAAAUUGGAAGGCCUGUCCAAAUGAAGAAAACAGAAAGGAACACAAACUCCGGCAAAAGAAAUGCAAGGGAAGAGGAGGAACAGCCACUGGUGUGUCAGCAAGGCAGGUUCAGUUGCUAUCUGAAAAGCUCUUUAACUUGGAACUUUUGAAGAAACGGGAAGAGAACUUAGAAAAACAGAAAGCUGAACUUCAAAAUCAGAAAAGUACUCUGCUUGAAAUGUUUAUGGAUACAAAGAAAAAAAUGGCUAUAGAAGAAAAUAAGUUUUUGAAGGAAAUUACGGACUUCAACAAUGAGUAUGGAUUAACAUCCAAUAGGGAGCUUUUAAUUAAAAAACGAGUCAAGGCUGAAAUAUGUGAAUUAGAAGAAAAAGAAAAUGUUUUGAGAAAUGAAAUUGAAUCAAUGGAACAUGAAAAUGUUCAAUUAAAAAUGUUUCAGCAUAAGAAGAAUGAAUUAAAGCAGGAUUUAUGUACUCUCCAGAAAAAACUCAAAGAUUUUGAACAAGAAAUAAGAGAAGCAAAAAAUACCACCAAGUGUUUAGAAAAAGAAAAAAUCAAAAUUUAUGGAAAACCUCAGACUGAUGCAGAACAUAUAAGGCUUAAAAAGGAAUUGGAGAAUUACAGAGAAGAUGAAAUGGAAAAUGUCUGUGAGGCUCUUCAAACGGAAAUUGAAUUUCUGCAGAUGAAACUGUUACAAAAAAAAUCUCCAGUCAAAUAAAUAACAUAUGGUGGAUUGAUUCAAAUGUCACAGAAACAAGUCUGCACUAUUUGGGGAAAUGCUGCUUUUGUAAGCCUUUGUUACAUUUAUCAUCCUCUACAUUUCCUGCUAGUAAAACAAGGAGUCUGUUUUUCACAACACAUAUUCUUUUUCUUUUGGCUGUUCAUUAGCAUGGGUGUCUAGCAACUGUAAACAAAUAAUUUUCCUUUUGUGGAGAGAUUUUUUUGGCAGUGUUCCCAUUCCCAUAUUCAACAUAAAAGCCUUCCUCCAUUCUGUCUUUACCAGCUCUGGCAGAAGCACACAAUUCCACACAACAUGGACUGCUUGUCAUUAUUAUCUUCAUUCUAUGCAUGUCAUUUCACCUGUAUUCCAAAGGUUCUUCAGACACUCCUUGUUUUAAAUGGGAAAGGUAAAUUACAGCAAGCCCACCAAGGCAAAGCCCAAUGUUAAAGCAGAAUAAAUGUCCUAUUGAUAUUUA